AUGUAUGAUUCCACGUAUAGGAGGGGACCGCUCUCACCUCCCCGAGGCCUCAGCGCCGCCGCGCGUUGCCGGGACAACGGCGGCUCGUGGAACGCGGAAACAGCCGAGACGAGCGACGCGGAUGCCGAGGCCGCCCGAAGCGCCACGACAGGCCGGAAAGAGCCGAAAGUGAUCGGGAACUUUCGUGCGGAGGGCUGGAUUACCCCGCGGGUUCCCGCCUGCUGCGAGAUCCAGGCUCGAGCUCGGCAGUUUUCCCCCAUCCCAGCCAUGGCUCCGUCCCCGCCGCCCGCCUGCCCCCAGGACCAGCACCACUUCCUCCGGUCCAGCGUGAGGCCGCAGAGCAAAAGGCUCAGGAAGGACUCGUCGGGCGCCGGGGGGAGCAGCAGCGCCGGCAGCUCCGGGCCUCGCGGAAAAGGAGCUGAUGGUGGCGGAUCAUCAUCUGGAAGUGGGCCUGGGGUUGCCCCUGCGGCCCCUGCAGGGGCCUCUCGCUCCUCCUCCCGGAACUUAGGAUCUUCUGGUGGUGAGAAGGAAGAAGGCAAAAAGGUCCGGCGGCAGUGGGAGUCAUGGAGCACCGAGGACAAGAACACUUUCUUUGAGGGGCUGUAUGAGCAUGGGAAAGACUUUGAAGCAAUCCAGAACAACAUAGCUCUCAAGUAUAAGAAGAAGGGCAAGCCCGCCAGCAUGGUGAAGAACAAGGAGCAGGUGCGCCACUUCUACUACCGCACGUGGCACAAGAUCACCAAGUACAUCGACUUCGACAAUGUGUUCUCUCGAGGGCUGAAGAAGUCGUCCCAGGAGUUGUACGGUCUGAUCUGCUACGGCGAACUGCGCAAGAAGAUUGGGGGCUGUAUGGAUGACAAGAAUGCCACCAAGUUGAAUGAGCUCAUUCAGGUUGGGGCCACCACAGUACGUUACAAAGGAAGAAACCUGCGCAUCAAAGCUCCCAUGUGCCGAGCCCUGAAGAAGCUCUGUGACCCAGAUGGCUUGAGUGACGAAGAGGACCAGAAGCCAGUGCGUCUGCCCUUAAGAGUCCCUGUAGAGCUACAGCCAAGGAACAAUCAUGCCUGGGCCCGCGUACAGAGCCUCUCCCAGAACCCCAGGCUCAGGAUGAUUGUGGAGCUCCAUCGGAAGGUCUCCAGCCUCAUCGAAUUCUUGAAGCAGAAGUGGGAGCUCCAUGAAGUGCGAAUUCGAAAGACGCUCUCGGAGCGGCAGCUGCAGGAGUCGUUUGUGGAGCCAUCACAGGAGAAAGUGGUGCUGCACCUGUUCCCGGGGGAGAACUGUACGCUGACCCCGCUUCCGGGAGUGGCCCGUGUGGUGCACUCUAAGGCCUUCUGCACGGUGCACUGGCAGGAGGGUGGCCGGUGCAAACAGAGCUCCAAGGAUGCUCACACGCUGCCUCCAGCUCAGAUCCUAGGCAUCCAGAGUGGGCAGGGUACAGCCAGAGGCCAGGUGAAGUGCCCAAGGGGCAGCACCGAAGGCAAGGGUGGGGGGCGGCCUCCUCCGUCCAUGGACGCUUCUCAGAGCUCUGGAGAGAGUUCCCCGGAAAGUGCCCUUGGGGAGGGGGCUGCCCCAAACCUCAGCGGCCCGAACGUUCCCGACAGGCUUCCCCCUGGGCUCCAGGACACUGGGGUACGGCUUGAGAAGACCCCUUUGGCGGUUCCUGUAGAGGGUGGGGAUGGCCCAGCCCAAGAGCCUGGAGCCACUACCUGUGCCUGUGGCCAGCUCCCAGAGCUAGAGGACGAUCUCUCUCUCCUGGACCCCUUUCCCCGCUAUAUGAAGUCCUGCCAGGACCUCAUCAUCCCUGAGCCGUGCCACUGUGCAGACUCUCGGCCCUCGGCGUGUCUCUCCCCAGAGACUCACGCCCCCAGCAGCGCAGAGGUGGCCAACCUUGCCCGUACCAGGGCACCGUCCCCCAUCCGCAGCCUACUUGGCCUGGAGCCUCAGUCCAGCCCAGGGCUCCAGCCAGAUGUUUGCACUAAAGACUCGGCAGAUGCUUCUGUGGAAGAGCCCCAGGAGAAGGUGAGCCCCUCGGACCCUCUGCCACCUCAGGGACAGCCUUCUGCCAAGCCCCCGAAAGAUGUCCCUGCCAGCCGGCUGGCCCAGCAGCUCCGAGAAGAGGGCUGGAACCUGCAGACCUCUGAGAGCCUGACACUGGCCGAAGUCUACCUCAUGAUGGGAAAGCCGAGCAAGCUGCAGCUGGAGUAUGACUGGCUGGCUGUGCUGGGGCCGGAGGGCCAGGCCCCCAGUGGCUCCCCGCCUGCCGCCUUCCACAAGCAGCGCCUUCUCAGCUGCCUCCUGAAGCUCAUCUCCACUGAGGUCAACCCCAGACUGGCUCCAGAAUCGAAUGCCAGCUCCAUGGCCUCAGUGAGGCCCGCCCAGGAGGAGCAGUCGACAACCCCCCCUGGGAAGGUAGUGAACAUCAGCUCCCGAAGUCCCCGCUGCCCUCGGAACCAGUCUGCCCUUCGCAACAGCAAGACUUUCUCUACCAGCUCUGCGCCUUGCCCCUCCUCAGGUUUGAGAAACCCUCCAAGACCCCUCUUGGUGGCUGGUUCCUCUAAUACAGGAAGCAGUGACUCAGAUGGUGGCCUUUUUGCUGUCCCAACAACUUUGCCACCCAACAGCCGACACGGGAAGCUCUUCUCUCCCAAUAAAGAGACAGAAUUGACUUUCCUCCAGCACCUGAACUCCAUCAGCAUGCAGUCGGAUUUCUUCUUGCCAAAGCCCCGGAAGUUGCAGAACCGGCACCUACGGAAGCCGCUGGUGGUCCAGAGAACCCUGCUUCCCAGACCGUCUGAAAACCAGGCGCACAACGUCUGCUCCUUCUCCAUCAUGUCAAAUUCCUCCGCAGCCGGGAGAGGCUCCUUCCGGCCCAUCCAGUCCUCCCUCACCAAAGCGGCUCUGUCUCGGCCGAUCAUGCCUAAGGUCCUUCCGCCCCAGGCCACAGGCCACCUGACCAGUGCUGUCGACUUAGCAGCUACAAGUGCCGGCAUCAUCCCCGGGAGCCCCCUCCCUGUCUUGGAUGCUGAGGGUUUGUCUAGCAUCUCUCCACUGUCUUCAGAUGAGGCGACAGCUACCCUCUCGGGUCAGGACUCCACUGGCACCCACCAGAAUGGAGACCCCAUCCCCACUGUGGGGGGUACAAGCGAUCCAUUCAUCAGCAUCCCCUCGAGGCCUGAACAGGAGCCAGUGACAGAGGGUUUCCAGGGUUCACCUGUCCUCUCCUUAACUGAGUUGUCCAAGGCUCCUCUCCACAAUGGGCUUUCCACCCCGCAGCCCUUGGCAGAGGGCUCCAGCACUCGGCUCUCUCCGCCUAACGUCUCUGCUCUGCUGGACAUCUCCCUGCCCGGCCCGCCUGAGGACGUGCUCUCACAGGGAGAGCCUGCCACUCAGAUCAGUGAUUCCAUCAUCGAGAUCGCCAUCAGCUCUGGCCAGUACGGUGAAGGAGUCCCUCUUUCUCCAGCAAAACUAAAUGGCAGUGACAGUUCCAAGAGUCUUCCCUCCCCAUCCAGCAGCCCCCAACCAGACUGGAUUGCCUCCCCCACCCAUGAUCCCCAGUGGUGCCCCAGCGACCCCACGGACUCAUCCCUCGGCAGCUUGUUUGCGAGCUUCAUCUCCUCGGAGAAGGGCCGGAAGAUGUUGCCAACUCCGGUGGGUACCCACAGUGGCACCUCCCUGUUGGGCCCCAGCCUGCUAGAUGGAAGUUCAAGAGACUCGUUUGUGUCCAGGUCCCUGGCUGAUGUGGCAGAGGUUGUGGAUUCCCAACUGGUGUGCAUGAUGAAUGAAAACAGCGUUGACUAUAUAUCUCGAUUCAACGACUUGGCCCAGGAGCUGUCCAUCGCUGAGCCCAGCCGCCGAGAGGUUCUGUUUGAUGGCAGUGGAGGUGGCCCCCCCGUCAGUGACCUAUCCCAGUGAACGUACAGUGUACCUCGUGGUGGGGGCAUCCUGGAGGCUUCAGAGGAGGGCUGGUGGUCAGGUCCUCAACUGUGGUAGGUGUAGCCCUCUUCAGAUUAGGUAGAGAAAACAAAAAUCAAGCCUAGGACCCCCAGAAGAUGGUCAGAAUAGAGACAUCUCUGCACCCCAGAAUACACAACAUGCUGGAAGCUGUAUCCCAAUGGACAGAGGGCAGUAGUGGCCCGAGAAAUGAGGACGAGUUCUGGAAGGGUCAACGUCAGGCAUCACUGUGGCCUUGGAGCAGUUCUUCGCCAGUCGUGGGACCUCAUAUUGGGGUCUGCAUAAUGACCACAUUUCCACCCAUGCUUCUGCCUUGGUUGUUGUGUUGGACAGUCCAGUGGGUUUUCUUUCCAAAAGAAAGGAGUGGGUGUGUGCCGUGGCAUAGUCGUUACGGCCUGGGGAGCUGUAAUCUCCCUGCUCUGCAGGGAGGCUCCAGGUCAUGGCUGCAUUCUUUCUGCCAAACCUGUACCACACUCUGGUUGCUUCUCUGCAGAGUGAUGAUGCAAGAGGGCGGGGGAGGGGGGGACAGCUGGGCCUGGCCUGGGCUGUGCCCAAUGGUAUCUGCACCCUGAGACAGCAGACACUUCAGGGGACACUGAUCACAGGGCAGCGUAAUGAGCCAUCACCCCGGAAAUACUGAUCCUUGCCUAGUGCUUCCCUAUCUAGAUGUGUUUUCUGAACAGGAAGGAAAAUGAAUCAUGUCUUCUGCAGUCUUUAUGGACUUUUAGAAAAAACCCUGCUAAGCUGGUUGGAGAAUGUUUUUUUUUGUUUUUUAAGAAUUAGACAGUGAGGAGGUAAAACAGUUUAGUUGGUUUCCUUCCUGCAUCCAUCUACGAGUUUCUUCUAGGUGAUCUAUAAUGUUAUUUCUCUCUAUUGGGAUGAUCACUAAGCACUUGUUUGACUACAAUUAAGACUUUCUUGAUGAGUCUUUGAACUUCUAAUGUGUUACUAUUUAGCUUCUGGGACAAAUGGACUUUGCAGAGACAUUUCUCUUCUUCCAUCUCUUCCUUUCAUUGGCCCAAAAGAGUACACUGUGAUGUGUAGGUGUAAUCCCCUAUGUCCACUCUUGCCCAGUGAUCUCUUAUUUCACUCCCUGUUCAGGGAAUGCAGACAAAGGUCCUAUGUUCUGGUAUAGUUAGAGCACUACCACGUCCCUGUGUUGUGCUCCGUGAGCCUUCUUGGGGGACCAAUUGUCAUCACUACAAGUGGUCCAGCGUCCAGUUCUUCCCCAGAACGGAGCUAACAAGGCUCCUGUGCCUGCUCAGCUUUGGGAGACUCAAUACGUAAUUCACCCAUUAGCCACAUUCCAUCUGGCCAGAAUCCAGUGCUCUUGUGUUGGGCCGACAAUACCUGUGCCACCACCCCACCUUCUGCCACAGCAUCCCCCGACAGCCAGGAUCAUCCACCCGAACCGACCUCUGUUUCUGUUGUUCACCUUUCCUCUUCCCCUGACUGGGAGCGGAGUGGCAGCCCUUGAGGCCUGUCCUGGCCGUCUACACAGGUUUCUCCACAGUGAGAGGUAAGCCCAUGUGAAAAGGGGAGAAAAGGUCCUGCGUGUGCAAGGAGAAUGGCUGCUCUUGAUCCCAUCACCUGACAGUCAUUCGCUCCAGGCCAUGGAGGAAACAGGACAGUUGGCUUCUAGGCAAUAGCUUCUUCUCUUCGUUUCAGUUGUUUCCUCUAAUGUGGCUUCCUUCUUUCAGAUCUGGUUCUAGGCAGAAACAUCACUAAAAAAAGCUUUCUGGACUCUUAGGAAAAGUCCCAACGCUCUGGAGAUGUGAAAAAAAGGGACAUGGUACCACUCUAUUAAGAGAUAAAGACAACAUUGUUUGAACCACAGUAUUUUUUAACUACUUGUGUUUUGUGAUCAAUAUAUCAGCUUCCUGAAAUUAGCACCUUAUUGAGCUGAACAAGAUCAAGAUCUCUCUCUCUUUCUGUCUCACUCACGCUCUGGGCAUCUGACUUUGUUAGGUCUGCAGGAAGUUAAGAGACGAGGCCGAGUUUAGGCCACUGCCAGCUUCCUUAUGCUCCUCCACUGUCUGGGACUGGAGAUGUCAAGUAACAUUGUAGAUGUUGGGUGUGAUGCCAAUGGCAGUGUGUACUGUGCCAGAGACAGUUGAGCUCCUAGGCUGUUUGUUCUUCAGGGGACACCCCAAGGCAGUCUAGUUGGUAGGUUGGUACCUGUUACCCAGUGACAUCUAAAAGGAGAAAAACUGGAGACUCAGAUCAGCUUUUGUAGGCUAUUUAGCAGACUCCCUCCCCAGGUCUCUGGCAUAAACUCCAUCUGGGAGUAGCUGACUGGCCAGUGUCAUUCAGUAGGGAAGUGGGCUAGGGAGGAGAGUAGACUGACUCUUCUCACCUGUAAUAAAGCUCACAAGAUUCCACAGAAUUCUGCUGCUUCUCUAGCAACCAGAUACUUAAUGUAAAGGGUUUUUUUUUUGCCAUUUUAAGGGGAAAUGGUGUCAUUUGUAGCAUUAUGGGGAUGGAUCCAUUUUUCCCCCAGCCUAAAUGAAUAUUAAAAAUAAGUAACUGUUAAAGGCUGGAAUUUUCAGAAGACCCAAGCCUUCCACCUCCUGCAUCUUCCUCUGACUUUCCAAUAGAAGUCGUAAUAGUCUCAGUAUGCACCUGUGGCUUCCUUGUGCAUUUGAGCAUGUUAUAAUUAAGAACAGAUCAGUUUCGGAGACAUGUUUCCAUGGUCACUCUAAUGUUGUCUGGCAUCUUUUUGCUGAUUCAUCUUUUGUAAAGAGUGAGAUUGUCUCUGGUCUCAAGGGAGUUGGUGUUUUGGCCUUAAUUCUUACUGUGACUAUCCAGUGGUGAGCAUUUCCUUCUUUAGAAAAUGCAGAGGCAGAUCAAAGUUUAUGAUUCCACAUGAAGUUUGUGAUGACAUUUUUUAUUUCUCUGUAUCGUCUAGGUGUAGAGCACUUGCUCUGUGAGCGGGGAUAAUUGGAAACAUUUCAUCAAUUGAUCUACUUGCUUUCCAACAUCUCCAGGUUCUCAGCCUCAGAGUCCCAUUCUUUAUUCUGUAUCACUACCGAUGGGUUUCCUUUUCAGUAUAAUAGCAUUUUUACCUAGAUCACACCAUCAAAUCCAAACCUGUGCAGAAAAAAGUUAUGGAACAAAAACACUGGAAACAAGUGGAUGAGGAGAAUAGCAGUUGCUGUGGGGUUUGUGGGUUUUUUUUAAACUUUGAGACCUUUCGGAUGCAUUUGUGAGGAAAUAGGGCACUUUGUCUUCGGGUGGGGGGGAGAGAAACCACAGCAAACCUUUCCUGACUAUCAAAGCUCUCCUAACCCCAUAGUAAUUUGUAAGUCACCUUAUGCAAGUUCAGUCUUGGAAGCACUACAGCAACCUGUACCCUUCAUUCUGUAACAGGAUAACUGGCUCCAGAGCUUCUGGUCUGGGCAGCAGAACUUACUGCUGUUUCUUUUAAUAAUUGUUAAGCCAUAUCAUCUAAGGUUUUCGGCUUGUUUGAGAUGUGAAUUUGUUUAAUAGAUAAUAAAUAUACAUAUACAGUGUAUGUAUAAAGCAGAAUGCCUGUCCUUCCUGAUUACUUUUUGUACCAUAUUGUAAAUUACAUUAUUUAUUCUUUACCAAUUUUGGGAAUAAAAGGUGUUUUGGUUAUUUAAUAUAAUAAACAAAAGCUGUUAAACUUCUUAUGUUUAAAUUUCCUGUUUAACUUGUAAAUCUGUUUUUAUUAUUGUGCAUAAAUACAUACUAAUACUUGAUCUAAUAA